CCCCGCCUGCGUCCCCUCGCCGUCUCCUCGGCCUGCGCCGCCGCCGCUCGUGGUCCGGGUCGCGCUCCUUCCGCUCCGCCGCCUGCUCGCGAGUGCUGCCCGGCAGGCCGCCAUGGCGAACGUGGCCGACACGAAGCUGUACGACAUCCUGGGCGUCCCUCCCGGCGCCAGCGAGAACGAGCUGAAGAAGGCAUACAGAAAGUUAGCCAAAGAAUACCAUCCUGAUAAGAAUCCGAAUGCUGGAGACAAAUUUAAAGAGAUAAGUUUUGCAUAUGAAGUAUUGUCAAAUCCAGAGAAACGAGAACUAUAUGACAGAUAUGGAGAACAAGGUCUGCGGGAAGGUAGCGGCGGAGGUGGUGGCAUGGAUGAUAUUUUCUCACAUAUUUUUGGUGGAGGAUUGUUUGGCUUCAUGGGCAAUCAGAGUAGAAGUCGAAAUGGCAGAAGAAGAGGCGAGGACAUGAUGCAUCCACUGAAAGUUUCUUUAGAAGACUUGUAUAAUGGCAAGACAACCAAACUACAACUUAGCAAGAAUGUGCUCUGUAGUGCAUGCAGUGGCCAAGGUGGAAAGUCUGGAGCUGUUCAGAAAUGCAGUGCUUGUCGGGGUCGAGGUGUGCGCAUUAUGAUCAGACAGCUGGCUCCAGGAAUGGUGCAGCAGAUGCAGUCUGUGUGCUCUGAUUGCAAUGGAGAAGGAGAAGUCAUUAAUGAAAAAGACCGCUGUAAAAAAUGUGAAGGAAAGAAGGUGAUUAAAGAAGUCAAGAUUCUUGAAGUUCAUGUAGACAAAGGCAUGAAACAUGGACAGAGAAUUACAUUCACUGGAGAAGCAGACCAGGCCCCAGGAGUGGAGCCUGGAGAUAUUGUUCUUUUGCUACAGGAAAAAGAACAUGAGGUGUUCCAGAGAGAUGGGAAUGAUCUGCAUAUGACGUAUAAGAUAGGACUUGUUGAAGCUUUAUGUGGAUUUCAGUUCACAUUUAAGCAUCUUGAUGCUCGUCAGAUUGUGGUAAAAUAUCCUCCUGGCAAAGUAAUUGAGCCAGGAUGUGUUCGUGUUGUUCGAGGUGAAGGGAUGCCGCAGUACCGUAACCCCUUUGAAAAGGGCGAUCUUUACAUAAAGUUUGAUGUGCAGUUUCCUGAGAACAACUGGAUCAAUCCGGACAAGCUUUCUGAAUUAGAAGAUCUGCUGCCAUCUAGACCAGAAGUCCCUAAUGUAAUUGGAGAAACAGAAGAAGUGGAGCUGCAGGAAUUUGAUAGUACUCGAGGCUCUGGCGGUGGUCAGAGGCGUGAAGCCUACAACGACAGCUCUGAUGAGGAAAGCAGCAGCCACCAUGGACCUGGAGUGCAGUGUGCCCACCAGUGAACUGCAGGCGGCUGCACAGGUGGAGUUCUUUCCACAUUCUCCGGAUAAGCCAGCUGCUGGAGUACCUGAUGAGUCCAGAUGAACUGACAGACAUCUGUUAUCUAUGUGUAACUUCUAAAAUUGGUAUAGUAUCCACAGAGUGUAUAAUUUAAACUAACCACGAAGCUUUACAUCUUCAUUUCGACUGUUCUGUAGCAGAGUAAAGCACUUGAAAUAAGACUCCCUUUCACAUGUGGGUUAUAAGUUUCAGUCCUGGUAUCUGCUUGAUUUUUAUCAGUUUUGUGUAGACUUUAUGUUUCAUAUUUUAAACUCAAAUCCAGCAUUGUAAAGUUUGUACAAUUUGUCCUGAAGCUUUGUGUUUGGCUGCACCUGCAUAAGCUGCUACAAAUAGAAUAAAGAAUUCAUAGCCUGUAUCUAUCAUUUAGAUGCAUGGAAAAAUGGGCUUUGCACACAAUGGGUUUGAAGCUGACUGGGAACAGUAGAAAAAAUUACAUUAGCCAUGGUUGUAAAGUUUUUUGGCUUUUUUUUAAAAAACCAUUUUGUGAAAGGUUUCUGAAACUUGAUAAUAAAAAGCAGUUGGUGUAAAUUA